AUGUUACCUCACCAAUCGCUGGCUUACGAGACUCGAGAUUUGGCUGCUAUGGCUCCAUCGGAGGAAUCUAUUCUAAGCAAUUUCCUGCUAUCUCCCGCUUCAUUGCCGACCAUUAUCUCGCUGCAGAAAUUCACUGAGCUUUUCCCAAAGCGCCUGCAGUCCCAUCCUCAGAUCAGGGUUUUGUACAGGGAAUUGCAAGAACUGCGCGCUCAGGAUAUGGACAUGAUCACAGAACAUAUCCUCGAUGAAGUCAAGGCCAGCGAACAACAAAAGGUUGACCUGCUGCAAGCCGCCAAAGCGUCGGGAGUUCAUGGCUUCGGAGACAGUGAAAAUCGUGAGACGAACCUCGACCUCGAGUUUUUCGGACAGGCAUCCACCACCCAACAAGUGGAAUAUCAUUCCUCCUCCAGCCUUCUUGCAGAAAUGGAGAGCGCCUGUGCCGCCCUGGAGCAAGAAACCGCGGCUGUAGAGCAAGAAGCUACUUCCACUCUCUCUACAGUAAAGAAGAUUGUCAGUGAUCUGAGCGAUCUUCGUUAUGGGAAGUUGAACAAGUCUGGAAUUACCCCCGAGGAGUACGCCGGUGAAGUUGUCCGCGGACUGCACGGUCUACAAGAUGCGUGUGACCGCGCCAACAACAUAAAGUCAUGA